AUGAGUAGUUUCCUGUGCGCUUGCUUUUGGUCUCCACAGCCUAAAAUUCCCGAGGAGUACCUGCGCCCUCAGGGACUGUACUCGCUCGAACGAGUAGACCUGAAGAAGCUGAAGCGCUUGAUCCGUAACCAGCAACUUGCGCCAUGCCACCCUGGUGCGGAGGAACCUACGACAGGGCAGGACGAAUGCCCGAUUUGUUUCCUUCAUUAUCCCGUCCUCAACAGCUCGUUAUGCUGCCAGAAGCGGGUCUGUACAGAGUGCUUUCUUCAGGCAAGUGGUGGGCUUUGCUUAUGA